GACUUUGGCUGUGGCUGUGACAACGCAGUGGGCGGGAUUUUACCUCAGACCAGGGGAGAGAGUCUAGUCUUUGGUGAGACUGAGGGGGAGUGAAAGACAGAAAGGGACCUGGAUUGCUCUCCAGAGAACGGAAUCUGCACGGUGAUCUCCAGCUGUGUGGGUGAUCCUUAAGUCACCAUGAACGACUAGGAACUCAGCUCUCCAAGGGAAAUGGCUUGUUUUGUAACAUCCCUGCGCUACCACCUGGUCUAUGUCUCCAGCUGCCUGUGAAGGGGCCUGUCAGCUGUUUAUGGGAACCAUCACUUUGUUUGCACUCUUGAGGAUUUAAACUUUUUUUUUUUUUUUUUUUUGGACAACUUUUCUGUUUUAGCCCCACUGUCGAGACAAAGCAGCAGUGCUUUGCAAAACACUGGGGAGGCAGCAAGACAAUGGCGAACAACUCGUACAGUGGGGUGAAGAACUCCCUGAUGGAGGCCAACCAUGAUGGGGAGUUUGGCUGCACACUCAAAGAACUGCGGUCCUUGAUGGAACUGAGAGGCGCUGAAGCGAUUAGCAAAAUUGGGGAUUCUUAUGGGGAUACUCAAGGACUCUGCAACCGGCUAAAAACGUCACCUAUAGAUGGUCUAAGUGGACAGCCUGCUGACAUUGAGAAGCGGAAAACGGCUUAUGGGCAAAAUUUAAUACCACCCAAAAAGCCCAAAACCUUCCUACAAUUAGUGUGGGAGGCACUACAAGAUGUCACACUAAUUAUCCUAGAAGUGGCAGCCAUAGUUUCACUAGGCCUUUCUUUUUAUAGACCACCAGAUGCCGAAAGAGAACACUGUGGAAGAGCUGCUGGUGGUGUGGAGGAUGAAAAUGAGUCUGAGGCAGGAUGGAUCGAAGGUGCCGCCAUUCUUCUGUCAGUUGUCUGUGUAGUGCUGGUGACGGCAUUCAAUGACUGGAGUAAAGAGAAGCAGUUUAGGGGCCUCCAGAGCCGUAUUGAGCAGGAACAGAAAUUUACUGUUGUCCGUGGAGGACAAGUUAUCCAAAUUCCAGUGGCUGAGAUUGUGGUCGGCGACGUUGCACAAAUAAAAUAUGGUGACCUCUUACCUGCUGAUGGAGUUCUCAUUCAAGGCAACGAUCUGAAAAUUGAUGAGAGCUCGCUCACAGGAGAGUCGGACCAUGUUAAGAAAACACAAGAAAAAGAUCCAAUGCUGUUAUCAGGCACUCAUGUAAUGGAAGGCUCAGGGAAAAUGGUGGUCACUGCUGUGGGUGUCAAUUCUCAAACUGGAAUUAUCUUCACUUUACUCGGGAGCGGUGAGGAUGACGACGACGAAGAAGAUGAAAAGAAAAAGGAAAAGGAAGAGAAGAAGAAACAGAAAAAAAACAAGAAGCAGGACGGAUCUGUGGAAAAUCGUAAGAAAGCCAAAGCACAGGACGGUGCUGCGAUGGAAAUGCAGCCUCUGAACAGUGACGAUGGAGGUGAUGCUGAGGAAAAGAAGAAAGCCAAUCUGCCAAAAAAAGAGAAGUCUGUCCUCCAAGGCAAGCUGACCAAACUAGCUGUACAGAUUGGAAAAGCAGGAUUGGUCAUGUCAGCCAUUACUGUCAUUAUCCUGGUGGUGUUGUUUGUAGUCGACACCUUUUGGAUCCAGAAUCUGCCCUGGGUCAAGGAUUGCACACCCAUUUACAUUCAGUUCUUUGUGAAAUUCUUCAUCAUUGGUGUCACUGUUCUUGUGGUGGCUGUUCCUGAAGGCCUGCCGCUUGCUGUAACAAUCUCCCUGGCAUACUCUGUUAAGAAAAUGAUGAACGAUAACAACCUUGUGCGUCAUUUGGAUGCUUGUGAGACCAUGGGCAAUGCAACGGCCAUUUGCUCUGACAAGACUGGUACUCUCACCAUGAACCGUAUGACUGUGGUGCAGGCCUACGUUGCUGAUAACCACUACAAGAGGGUCCCUGAACCAGAAAAGAUCCCUCCCUCCAUUUUAGACAUCCUGAUUCUGGGCAUAGCAGUGAACUGUGCCUACACUACUAAGAUCAUGCCUCCAGAAAAAGAAGGAGGUCUGCCACGACAAGUGGGUAAUAAGACCGAAUGUGCCUUGCUUGGCUUUUCUAAUGACUUGAAACGAGACUACCAAACUAUUCGCAACGAGAUCCCUGAAGAGAAACUGUACAAAGUCUACACCUUCAACUCAGUCCGCAAAUCAAUGAGCACUGUGUUGAAGUUGGCUGAUGGCAGCUAUCGCAUGUUCAGCAAAGGAGCCUCUGAAAUUCUCUUAAAAAAGUGCUAUAAAAUCCUGACCGCAAAUGGUGAGUCAAAGGUGUUUCGCCCACGGGACAGAGAUGAUAUGGUCAAGAGGGUGAUCGAGCCCAUGGCCUCGGAGGGCCUGAGAACCAUCUGCCUUGCAUACAGAGAUUUUACUGUUUCUGAUGGUGAACCGGACUGGGACAAUGAAAAUGAUAUCCUCACUGGAAUGACCUGCAUCUGCGUAGUGGGAAUUGAAGACCCCGUGAGACCAGAGGUCCCAGAUGCUAUCAGGAAAUGCCAGCGUGCUGGAAUCACAGUUAGGAUGGUUACUGGGGACAACAUAAACACAGCUCGAGCCAUCGCCACCAAGUGUGGCAUCCUGCAGCCCGGAGAUGACUUCCUCUGCCUGGAGGGAAAAGAGUUCAACCGCAGGAUACGGAAUGAAAAAGGAGAGAUUGAACAAGAACGCAUCGAUAAGAUCUGGCCUAAACUACGAGUACUGGCUCGUUCAUCCCCCACAGACAAGCACACCUUAGUAAAAGGCAUUAUUGAUAGCACAGUACUGGAACAGAGACAAGUAGUCGCAGUAACGGGAGAUGGUACAAAUGAUGGUCCUGCCCUUAAGAAAGCUGAUGUUGGUUUUGCUAUGGGUAUUGCUGGGACAGAUGUUGCUAAGGAGGCGUCUGACAUUAUCUUGACUGAUGACAAUUUUUCCAGCAUUGUUAAAGCGGUCAUGUGGGGCCGAAACGUCUAUGACAGCAUCUCAAAAUUCCUACAGUUUCAGCUAACCGUCAACGUGGUGGCUGUCAUUGUAGCAUUUACAGGAGCCUGCAUCACACAGGACUCUCCCUUGAAAGCAGUGCAGAUGUUAUGGGUCAACCUUAUCAUGGACACUUUUGCUUCAUUAGCUCUGGCUACAGAGCCCCCCACAGAAUCCCUGCUGCUAAGGAAGCCAUAUGGCCGCAACAAACCUCUCAUCUCACGCACCAUGAUGAAGAAUAUCCUGGGUCAUGGAGUGUACCAGCUAAUUAUCAUUUUUAUGCUGCUCUUUGCGGGAGAAAAAAUAUUCGAUAUUGACAGUGGCAGGAAUGCACCCCUCCAUGCCCCACCCUCUGAACACUACACCAUUGUCUUCAAUACCUUUGUAUUGAUGCAGCUUUUCAAUGAAAUCAAUGCUCGCAAGAUCCACGGUGAAAGGAAUGUGUUUGAGGGCAUGUUCAACAACCCUAUCUUCUGUAGUAUAGUCUUUGGUACCUUCCUUAUUCAGAUUGUCAUAGUGCAGUUUGGCGGGAAGCCAUUCAGCUGUGUGGCUCUGACCAUUGACCAGUGGUUGUGGUGCACGUUCCUGGGGUUUAGCUCCCUUUUAUGGGGACAGAUUAUCUCCUCAAUACCCACCAGCCGCUUAAAAUUCCUGAAAACAGCAGGCCACGGCACACAGAAAGAGGAGAUCCCUGAUGAAGAGCUGGAGGAGCUGGACGACAUGGAUGAGAUUGACCAUGCUGAGCGGGAACUCCGUCGAGGCCAGAUCCUCUGGUUCCGAGGCCUCAAUCGCAUCCAAACUCAGAUGGAUGUAGUGAGUGCGUUCCAGAGUGGAACUUCCUUUCAGGGGGCUCUAAGGCGGCAGGCCUCCAACUCCAGCCAACAACAGCACGAUAUCCGGGUGGUGAAAGCAUUCCGCAGCUCCAUCUCCCUCUAUGAGGGGCUGGAGAAACCCGAGUCACGAACAUCAAUCCACAACUUCAUGACCCACCCCGAGUUUCGGAUAGAGGACUCGGAGCCUCAUAUUCCCCUCAUAGACGACACCGAUGCAGAGGACGACGCUCCCACCAAGCGUAAUUCUGCCAGCCCUCGCAACACCACGCCCACACCGCCCUCACCCACGCCCUCGCCCGCCACUACCAUCGCCCCCACCACACCGGUCUCUCCCUCUCCAAACCAGAACAAUAACGCUGUGGAAAGCAGCAACCACCUCCUCCCGGAGGGCUCCAAAUCAGGAACCCCCUCAGCCCCGGGGAGCCCACUACACAGCCUGGAGACCUCCCUUUGAUCUGACCCCUGCUCCACACGUCAGCACCUCUUUUCUACCCACCACCAAGGAGCUCAACUCAGACAAAACAGACAGACAUUUGGAGAGGAGAGAUGAAGGGCUAGACGGAGAGCGGAGUCUUGUGUGAGCUUGGCUUGGGCUGGACUAAAAGAACAGCAGACAUUCAGAGGAAUGUAUGGCUUGGUGUGGAUUCGUUAAUUUUUUUUUUUUUUUUUUUGGUUCUUAUACCUUGCUGCAACACAAGGACUCUACACCCCUCCUUCCUUGGUAACAUUUGUUUUUCUGGGUAACAAGGGGUGAUCAUAAACUCAGAUUGAAAGUGACCUGUUUUUAUUAUUCUAUAAUUAUUAUUAUUGCUCUUAUUUUAAUCAAGUGGAGGAGAUCCUCCUCCAGGCUUGAAGAUCGUCUGUAAGUUUAUGAAAGAACCUUUAGCUUCUCUUUUAACUGAAUGGUGUUGUAUAUUUAUCUCUUCGGCCCUCGCUCAUUCAAAACUUAUUUCUGCUCCAUCGGCUGUUAAUAUUUUGAGUUAUUUAUGUUUUUGGAAAAAAGCAGGUCUGUUUACAAAGUUUGUAGAUACUUUUUUUCUGUUUGUAGGCAAAAGAGCUUCCUGAUGUUUAAUGCAGAAACCUGGGACAGAAUAGAAAAUGAAAGGAUUAUUUCAGAUACUGCUGUAUUUUCAGGAGAAAAAGGGUGUUUCUAUUGAAACUUUACUAUUUUUGCCUGCAAGUUUUAUUUGUUAUAUAUUUGUAGAUAAAUAUAGAACCUUCUAGUCAAACCGAUAAACACUAAAGCUUGUGUAGAAUGGGACGAGGCAUUUUCACAAGAGACAGGGAGGGAAAGACAAAAAGGGCCUCUGUCCACUAACGUUAUAAAUAUUUACUUCUUCCAUUUCUUUGAUAAUUUUCUUGUGCACAAAACCUUGAGUUCUGGGUUCUCUCUUCAUUCAUUACAUUGUGUUGAAGAAUUUCCACAUGUUCAAAGGUUAAAUUAUUAAAAGGGAGUUUAAAAAAAAAAAAAAAAAAUCUGGGCCUGUAUUUAACAAGCAUCGCACCCAGAAUCAAGCUGGGAGUCGGGGAGGAAACGAGCUUACCUCAGACGGGCAUGGGGUCAGUGAGCCUCCUACAGAAGCUUUGGGCAUGGAGAGGUUCUCCUUUUAGAUUUGUGGAAUUAUAAAGUGAAAACAACCUUGGAGUAAUCUUUAGAGGUAGCUGACGGAAUUAAAACAGCUUCACCUGAGGAUAGGUUAAAGCUAAAUCCCGUUACUGGCGCUGUAUUCGCUGUUCAGCCACGGCAACUAUUUAUUUUUCAUAGAUGUUCAUAGACAUGACAUGAAUGUGCCUUGGCUCCAGCAGUCAUUCAGAUGAUCCUGGUCUUAUCAUUCACCUCCUUCAGGAAACUCCUUACAGAUAACACUUGUUUCUACAGCUACAAGUAGGACCAAAUAAGCUUAUUCCUAACAUUUUGGGUGGAAUAGGAUGGAUUUCUCUCCUUUGGAUGCUUGAUAAAUAUAGAGCCUGGUUCCUUU